GUGUUCUUUAGCUCGUUUGGAAGCUCUUGACAUCCCCCAUCCACAUAUAUCUUUACCACCACCAUUUUCCUCCAUCAAAAAAAUUCACCAUAAAAGCACCCACCUUCCGCAUUUGACCGAUUUUGAGUUGUGGUUUCUGUUUCCUAAAGUGUUUCGGCUACUUAGGAACAUGUGACAUCGACAUCACCGCCAUUGAGCAUCGCCUCGGAGUCGUCUUCGCCAACGAUCUUCACCGUUGACACUGCUAACCAUAAGAAAGGACGGUAACCUCGACGACACUUAGUUCAUUUACUUGCGUUUGCAUUGAUAACCCGAGCCAUUUUGCGUCACUUACCCAUCGAGACUAGCGAGUUGAGAAUUGCCGGGCCACGCUAUUGUGCACUGUAGUGAUCUUGCUAUCAUCAUUGUGCCCUAAGUCUCUUCUGUGCAUAUCUUACAUACUUGUCUCAUAUCAUAUUUGGCUCGAGCAUCAAGCAUAGUGAAAAAAGAGAAAGAAAGAAAAGCUUUUAAGCAAAAGAGGAGAAAAGAAAGCUUGUAAGCAAUAGCAUUGAGCCAUUUUGCAUCGAUAUAUAAUCUUGGUCCCCAUAUACAUAGCAUAGUUGGGAUUGAAGAUGACAUGUUUCUCUCAUAGUUUGGUGCACAAGCGUAUCUUGCCCAUUUAAGCAAUCGAGCUAGCGUCUCUCUAGCAUCCGUACAACAAGAGCAUUUUUCUGUGGUUACACAUUUUGAGCUCACUCCUUGGUUGUGCGGAUCCCAUCUAUCGUCCGUGUGUGUGUUCCUAGUGAUAUUCUUGGGUUUGAUCUAUUUGCUUUACUUGCAAUUUUGUGAACCUUCUCAACCUCAUCGAUAUCUUGACUAACAUUUGCUUGAAAUUUUUGUGCCACCGUCCUAACCAAGCUACUCCAUAAGCUUUACUUGUCUAGGUAUGAGAAACAAACCCGGUACCAAUUCUCCUAUUGUGGCAUCAUUGAGCGAUACUUGAUACAUCCACAAUCCUCAGAAAAGGCCAAGUUCUUUGGCGAACCCACUUUUCGAGGAGCAAGGUGAUGAUCAUGACUACGUCACCAAGAACCACUUCUUCGUCGCCCAACGAGCUCUACAUCAAGAAAGUGAAGCUUUGGGUGAACGCCUCGAGCAACUCGCCAUCGACCUUCGUCAAAGCAAGGAACCGCGACUACAUUGACGCCAAGUUCACCACACAAAUGGAAGAAUUCCGCAACAUGAUCGUGAGACGCGAGUCUUCCUCAACCUCUUCGCCAAGACGGCGCCACUCAAGUCGCCGCUCAAGUCGGCAAUCUUUGGACUACUCCUCUUACGAUGCAAGUCCUCCGCAAGCCCGCUUUCAUCGACGUGAUGAUCCCCAAGGUCGCCAAGCUCAAGAAAAUCUAUUCCAUGCCAAUGGCUUACAAGAUCGAGUUCGAGCACGUGAUAGGGCGCGACGACAAGAGCAAGAAGCAAUGGAGCAAGAGCAAAUACCUCCACAAGUGCAACGUCAAGCACCUCAAGACGGUGAUGCACUCCGACAAGCACAAGAAUGUCGUGAAGCACAAGCACUUGAGCGUGAAGCACAAGCACGUGAAGCACAACACGCACUCCGCGAGGCCACUAGAGCCGUCGACGAGCACAACCGCCAAGUGCGUGAACAAGAGGAAGCACUCCGUCAAGCACGACAAGAAGAAGCCGCCAGAUGCAAAGAGCAACAAGAAAGGCGAAACCAAGCGCAUAUGCCUCGUCCUCCUUGACAAGAACGACACCAAGUGGAACAAGUGCCUCAAGACCCUCCUCCACGCCAAGGGCGACAUCACGAGGAACGAGCAUUUGAAGACCUUCCUCCAUGGCAAGAGCGACAUCAAAACCACCACUAUGAUGAAGAACUCUGCUACGGCAAGCUCAAGUUAACCAUGCACAAGUUCUCCGGAAGCAAUGAUCCCGAAGAAUAUAUUGUUGGGGAACGUAGUAUUUCAAAAAAAUUCCUACGAUCACGCAAGAUCUAUAUAGGAGAGGCAUAGCAACGAGCUGGGAGAGUGUGUCCACGUACCCUCGUAGGCCGA